GCUAGUUGCCAUGGUUCGGACGCUUGGCUCCUUUCCUGCGGCCCUCCCCGAGCGAAAGAGCCUCCGCGCCCAGCCAUGAGCCGCCUGUCGGUCGGGCGCGCGCUCAGCCUGUCCCCGCAGAUCUUAGAGCUCCUGGCGCUGCCCUGCUGCCUGGAGGAGCCGGAGGCCGACGGCCGGCCUUCCAUUUCAGAUGACUUAAAAGUAGGCUAUUUUAUCACAGACCAUGCCACUCAAACAGAUCUGAAAGAAACAAUAGAACUAAAGGAGCUGACUACUACGACAAAAGCUCUAGUACAGUUGACUGACUCCAUCCAGCAAGAUUUUAUGAUCUAUAAAAAUGUCCUUCAAGCACAGUAUGAAGAAAAAAUACAAGAGCAGGCUUCGAAUCUCUACAGACUAAUAAAUGAGAGAUUAAGAGACAUGGAAACUUUUCAUAAACAGAAAGAAGUCAAAAUUCGACAGAGCUACCAACAGCAACUAUGUGAUGCACUUGCUAUUCUUAGGGUACAUUAUGAGAAAACAAUGUAUAUCCCGGAAGAUGCAAGUUGCUCAUUAACAAUGAAUUGGCAGGCUAUGAUUAUGAAGCUCCAGGAGAAAGACUCUACAAUCCAAAAAUUAGAAGCAGAAUUACAAGAAUAUCAGGAAAAUGAAGAUACAAAAACGAUUGCCUUUGACAAUGAUGAUGAAAAUGAAAAAAAAGUGCUUGAAAAAGAAAAUAAGGAUUUCAGAGAAGAGAUUGCUAAACUACUUGAUAGGAUUUUGCAUCUUGAAGAGUCUCUAAAACACGGUGAAAAAGAAAAUCAUAAAUUAGAUAAGGAAGUUCGAGGUAUGCAAUUAAAAAUGGAAAAAGAUGAGAAAACUAUUCAAAAGUUAAUCGAAGCUCAGGAAAUAACAAAGAUGGAACUUGAAAAGGAAAGAUCAUUAAUUCAAAGUAUGCUCAAAGAACAAAAAAGCAUUGAAACAAAAGUGGGAAAAAAGUCACCUGAGACACAGAAAAAGAUUCCAACAUUACAAGAAAAAGAUACACAAAAAAUGAAAGAGAUGGUGGAGAGUAAAAGUGAAAUGACAGAGCCUCAUGAGAAAAAAGAAUCACGAAAGGGAUAUCACAAACAGCCACAAAAGAAGAGUCCUAGUUAUAAGAAGGAAGCUGAAAAAAGAGCAUUACUUGCUGAAAUUGAGAAGCUGAGACUAUCUGAAGAUCAAGAGAGGCAACACAUACAAAGUCUUAAAAAACAAGUUGAACAAAUUAACCAAAGCUGGGCAAAGAAAUUCCAGAUUCUAAAGAAAAGCCUGCAUGCCAUUAAGGAUGAGAUGUUCCUUAGACAUUCCUUGUACCGUCAGGCAGCAGCAUUUAACCAGGCAUCCCUCAAUCAAACCAUUGCUCUUCCUCUCUAUAUUGAAACUGGUACAAGCCAAAUGACUGAACGAAGGGGUGCUUUAUAUUUUCCUUAUUCACCAUUGCCACAGAUACCUUCCCAGUCUACUGCAGAGAUGGAAGAAAAAGAUCUGAAUAUUGUUAAAAUUCCAACUGGAACAGAUAUGUGCAGUUUGUAUGAAGAUGUUCUUCCUCUUAUUCAUACAAGUACAAGCAAAACUUACAUCCUGUUUUGGAAGUGCAGUUUGUCAAGUCAGAAAUAUAAAAGUACUAGUUUAAAAUGA